AUGCAGCAGCAGAGCGGGGCCAAGGCACAGCGAAGGGCGCCGCACCGGCGCAGUUGGGACUAUGUGCUGCGGAGUGGCCUGGCUGGCGGGAUUGCGGGGUGUGCGGCCAAGACGGCGAUUGCGCCGCUGGAUCGGGUCAAGAUUUUGUUCCAGGCGAGCAAUCCGGACUACCAAAAGUACAGUGGGCGGUGGCUGGGUGUGGUGGAUGCGAUGCGGCGGAUUGUGGAUCAGCAGGGUCUGAUGGGGCUGUUUCAUGGGCAUAGUGCGACGAUUCUGCGUAUUUUUCCGUAUGCGGCCGUCAAGUACAUGGCGUAUGACGUGCUGCAUCUGGCGCUGAUGCCGACGCCGCAGGACGAGACGGGUCUGCGGCUGUUUCUGGCGGGGUCGAUGUCGGGUGUGCUGAGUGUGUUUUUGACGUACCCGCUGGAGCUGAUCCGCGUGCGUCUGGCGUUUGAUACGAAGAGCAAGCCGCAGCCUGGGAGUCUGCGCCACAUUAUCACGAAAAUAUACCACGAGGGCGCGCCGGAGGGCGAGGGCGGCGCGCCUCAGCGAGCGCUGCUGCACCAGUUUCCGAUUCUCAAGUUUUACCGUGGCUUUACGUCGACGAUCCUGGGCAUGGUGCCGUAUGCGGGCACGUCGUUCCUGGUGUUUGAGCGGACGAAGGCGUGGCUGUAUGGGCUGCUGCUGAACAGGGAUUCGCGGGGUGCGCCGCUGUCGGAUCGGCCGCCGCUGUUGGAGCUGAGUCGCACGGUCGUGGAUUUGGCGUCGGGCGCGCUGGCGGGUGCGAUUUCGCAGACGGCGUCGUACCCGUUUGAGGUGAUCCGCCGGCGGCAGCAGGUGGGGGGUCUGUUGCAUCCGAGUCGGAUGCAGCAGAUCUCGGAGACGAUCCGGUGGAUUUAUGCGACGCGCGGGCUCGGUGGGUUCUACAUUGGCCUGGGUAUUGGCUACUUUAAGGUGGUGCCGAUGACGGCCAUUAGCUUUGCCGUGUGGUCGGAGAUGAAGCGGGUAUUAGGUAUAUAG